AUGUCAUUCUUCAGUGCAGCGACCGUGAUAGGCUCUCUCGUGGCAAGCCAUAUGCUGCCUCGUGAGGACGAAGAGGAUUCCGAGCUGUGGCGAAGGUGGCUUCCGUUCCUCACGCCUGUCGUGUCGCUGCUGCUUUUCUUCCACCUGAAGGAUGCGCACGCUUCAGCAAAGUGGGUGGCCACUAGUCUGGCGUGGCGUGCUGCUGCAGAGCUGCUCCUAUUGAUCGGGACUACCCCGCGCGAGUUUGAGAUGAUGGUGGCUGGCUCGGUCUUCGUUGCUAAUGUGUCAUUGCUAAUUGCUGUCGUGUCCGUUCUUCACAACGGUGAGCAUGUGCAGUCCAAGGCUACACUUGCACUGCUCGGAGUUGGGUCCCUGGCGCUCUUCCUAUCCGACAGCUGGGUGAUUUCCACUAAGAAUACUGAAUUGGAAUCCCGGGUGACUCUCAUGUCCAUUGCUGUCCUCAUAAUUGCACUGUCGUCAAUGCCAUCGGCAUCCAUGGAGGAUGAUGAGUAG